AUGAAUUUCACGACAAGCUUCCUGAAAAAAGAGCUUCAGCUCUCGAAUGCCUUUCUGUCCUUGAAUGGCUCUCUCCGUGAAGUGGAGGACUUCGAGAGUGAUUUUUUCCUCCACCAGGGUGGAGAACUGGAGAGACUGCUACUGUUGACAAUCAAGGAGCCUACCACUAUCGCUCUCACUGUGAUGUAUUCAUUAUCAUUUGUGGUGGGCUUCAUUGGAAAUCUCAUGGCCAUUCGAAUGCUUACCUGCCAAAAGAGUAAUAAGAUGCAGAGCAUCAGUGCCACACGGAGUUUACUCAUCAACUUGGCAGUGUGUGACCUGAUGGUGGUUUGCAUCUGUAUGCCCAUCACGCUAGGCCACACCAUUUACACAGCAUGGGUGUAUGGAGACCUCCUGUGCCGAGCCGUUCCCUUCAUCCAGGCUGUGUCCGUUUCAGCCAGUGUCCUCAGCCUGACCGUCAUCAGUGUUAACAGAUACUACAGUGUUCACAAUCCACUGAAUUCCCUCUCCUACUUCACUCAGAAGAAGAUCUACAUCACCAUUGUGGGCGUGUGGGUGGUGUCCUCUGUGAUUUCUGCACCUUUACUCUUCAUGAUCAAGGUGGAUGAGAUCCACUUGAUUGACAUUGUAGUGCCAAUUUGCAGAGAGCUCUGGCCUCAGGCGACUCUCAAGCAGGCCUACAAUGUUCUUCUCUUCGUCGCUCUCUACUGUAUACCUGUGACUUUCAACCUGAUCAUCAGCUUUCUAACAGGCAGGAAGCUCUGGUGGGCUUCUCAACAUUUCACUGACUUUGAUCCUCACAGCCAGGCCAUGCACGCCUCGCGCCUGAAGAUGCGCAAGAAGAUCGCCAAGGUGGUGGUCACUUUGGUCCUUCUUUUCGCUGUCUCCUGGCUCCCACUCUAUGUGGCAGAUAUUCUGAUUGACCAGGAGGUCCAUCCAUCUCACUGGGUUUUGCAGACUCGUCCUUUUGCCCAGUGGUUGGGCCUCACUAACUCCAGCCUCAAUCCCAUCUGCUAUUGUUUCUUAGGCGAUCUGUACCGCUCUGCCAGAGCAGUCAGGUCAAAGUAUCAUCAGAGGAUGCUCUCGGUCCAUGGAUCCUCCAGCUCUAGAAAAUUGUCUCAUUUCCUCUCUCUCAAACGGCAGCAAGCUGUCCAGCGACAAGUUGUCGUGAGCCAGGUGUCAAUGGAGACCCUCUCUGAUUGGUGUUCCAACAACAGCCAGAUGGUGUCUCUCCAAAGCAUCUCAGGGAGGAUAGUGUCUCGGAGCAAUCCUGAAUUAUCAAACCUGUAG